GUCGGCAUUUACGGAGGAGGGGACAUCAUGCCCAUUUCAACAGUUUCUUUGUACGUGGAUGGAGUAGGGGUACGAGAAAACACGCUGCUCUGACUCAAACCAACAGACACACCGCGGACUCCUCGUGGUUGAGCCCGGCCGGCAUAAGACCACACACCAGAUCAACAGAGAGAAGAAGAAGAAGAAGAAGAGUUGACAAAGCAGGAAGCUUUUUGUCAACCUAUAGUGUGUAAAACGAAGAAGGAAACCCAGCCCACGAUGUCAGGUUUAAAAAAGAGAAACUCGAAUUCCUCGGCAGACAGGGAUGAGGAGGACAAGCAGGUAAAGGAAAGGAUGCUGUCCGGCGGGGACAAGGUGGAUUCCAAACUGGGUGGAGCACGGGGGAGCGACCCCGACAGCCCUAACAACAACGACGCCAGAGGAGACGACGAGGGAGAAGGGGUCGCCCUGAAGAGGACCAUCACCCUGUUGAACGGCGUGGCCAUCAUCGUAGGCACCAUCAUAGGCUCGGGCAUCUUCGUCACACCCACCGGCGUGGUAAAGGAGGCCGGCUCGGUGGGUCUGUCCCUGGUCAUAUGGACGGUAUGCGGGGUGUUCUCCACGGUGGGAGCCCUCUGCUACGCGGAGCUGGGGACCACCAUCAGUAAGUCCGGCGGGGACUAUGCCUACAUCCUGGAGGUGUACGGCUCCCUGCCGGCUUUCCUCAAACUCUGGAUCGAGUUGCUCAUCAUCCGGCCGUCCUCCCAGUACAUCGUCGCCUACGUUUUCGCCACUUACGUUCUCAAGCCAGUGUUCCCGGAUUGUCCGGUGCCGGAGGACGCGGCCAAGGUGGUCGCCUGCCUCUGCAUCCGUGAGUAUCCAAGCCGAGCCAUGCUGCCUGCUGAUGCAACUUUAAGGCGUUGUUGUUUUUGUGCCAGAUUACGUUACACUUCCUGGGGGUGUUUGUACAGACAGUGCAACUUUAUUGUUCCACAUUUUGGGUUCUCCAGACUGGCUGGUAAACUUGCCUUUAGAGGAAUAUUGCAGAUAGAUGGAUUUGGGCCUUUUUGUUGUUUUCUUAACCCAAUUUUUUCUCCCUGUUUUUCUCCAGGUAACACGGACCGACUUCUUCCAGAAAAUUCCUUUGAGGGGUCCAAAUAUGAGUUUGGCAGCAUUGGCCUGGCACUCUACAGCGGUCUGUUUGCCUAUGGUGGCUGGAACUACUUGAAUUUUGUCACAGAGGAAAUGAUUGAGCCUUAUAAAAACCUUCCCCGUGCCAUCAUCAUCUCUCUGCCCAUAGUGACAAUAGUGUACGUUCUGACCAACCUGGCAUAUUUCACCACCCUCUCCCCUGAGCAGAUGCUCGGCUCCGAGGCUGUGGCUGUGGAUUUUGGCAACUACCACCUGGGUCCAAUGGCAUGGAUCAUCCCGGUGUUUGUAGGUCUGUCCUGCUUUGGAUCUGUCAACGGCUCUCUGUUCACAUCAUCCAGGUUAUUCUUCGUGGGAUCCCGGGAAGGUCACCUGCCCAGUCUGCUGUCAAUGAUCCACCCCACCCUGCUGACCCCGCUGCCCUCACUCAUAUUCACUUGCAUAAUGACGCUGCUCUACGCCUUCUCCAACGACAUCUUCUCAGUCAUAAACUUCUUCAGCUUCUUCAACUGGCUCUGCAUCGCCAUGGCAAUCAUUGGGAUGAUGUGGCUCCGUUAUAAGAAGCCGGAGCUAGAGAGACCAAUCAAGGUGAAUAUACUGCUGCCGGUGAGUUUUGUGCUCGCCUGCCUCUUCCUCAUCAUCGUCUCCUUCUGGAAGACUCCAAAGGAGUGUGCGAUUGGCUUUGGAAUCAUCGCUACCGGCCUUCCUUUCUAUUUAAUUGGCGUGUGGUGGAAGGGCAAACCCAAGUGGAUGCUGGAGGGAAUCUCCUCGACCACAGCCUUGUGUCAGAAGGUGAUGGAGGUGGUGCCUCAGGCGACCUAAAAGGCCCGUCCUUUACUUAUAGCCGGGGGCCAAUCGGGUUGCACCAACAGUGAUCUCUGGGCUCUGACAUCCGAUGAACUUGAUCUCUGUUGACCCAUCUCACCUCUCUCUCUCUCUCUCUCUCUCUC